UUGGAUACGCUGCUGCCGACCACUUCGGAGGCACAUUCAGUUUGUGCGGCCUUAAGUGUAUUUUGUGUGUAUGUGAUAGUGCUUGGCCCAUAGCUGGGCGUUGGCGAUACAAACUCGACGGGCUUGUGCAGUGACCGACAUUCGCGCGAGGUAGCGGACUAAAAAAGGAUCACGUACCCUUCGAGUAAAUUCCGCGUAUCGUUGGUUGGCAAAUUGAUGCGAAGACUUAUCAACAACAGGGUGAUAGAUAACAGAACAAAUUUUUGAUAAGGUAGCAGGUGAAAUAGCGAAAAUCGAUAAGCCUGGUUACCGCUUGGGCUGAGUCAAUAUCACAAACAAGUGCUUGUUGGUGCCAACAGGUUUCCACGCUACGAAAAAUGGUUGUGCAACCUUAGCAUGGGAAAACGUUUGGGAAAAUUAAAGCCCAUUAUGCGUAAAGUGUAGUUUUUAUAGGUGCGCGUGAAAAUGUCGAAGAAAAGUGAGUGGAAAGGUCAAUAAAAUUCCGUUAUGUGUACAACGAAUUGAACAAAGCUAAAUGAAACAGCUCAACCAAUGCGAAUAAUCCCAACGAGAGAACCUAGAGUGGCGUUCGUUUAAAUCAUUCCAAACCGGACCACUCCGGAUCAUACUGCAACAGAAGUGAUUACUCAUCGUACUGCCGAGUGGAAUUGCAUCGAACCGAUUCAUGAAUGAGUAACAAGUACCUAGAAGUCAACCUCAAUUAGCGGCACACAUACUGGUAGCGUAGUACCGUCAUUCGUCUGUGAUGUGUUCUCUGUCCAGUGCCAUAGGUAUAAUGUGACUGUGAAAUUCGAAGCGGUAUUUGAGUGAGGUGCGUCACACACGACGACGCUCUGGUGUGCAAGGUGCCGGUGACUAAUCGUCAUACCUUCAUCAGUGUCGCAAACAGCCAGUAGACUGCUGCCAGUAGGUAGUAUAAGUAGUUACUUGAAACCCUCAACGUCACCGAUUCAACUCAACAUUUUCAACAAAGAAUUUCGCCCUUCGUUCGAGCAUAAAAAUAUUACCUUGAGUGUGCGCAGAAACGGUACUAUUGGUGUUUACGUUUUGGUGGUGUGAGAAGUGUUACUUAUUUCAUUUUUAUACUUACCUGAAUGAAAUCGAGCAGUGUUCAACCGAUAAUUAUAUUUACUGCCACCCUACCAGUAGUUGCAGAUGUGGUGUAUUUACAGCGACGUCUGAUGCAUUACGCGACUGUAGAAGGCUCGGAGUGUUUGCAAUAUGGCUGUGAAGCUAAAAGUGUGGAAAGUACCUCUAACUAGUACAGUGAAACCCGGUAGAACAAAUUUUAGUAGUGUACGGAGAAAAAGUGUUCAACUGAGUACUAAUCUCGGUUUACUGGGGCUUGUAACGAUAUUCCUGCUUGGUUGCUGUAAAGUUAGCGGCCAGUAUCAUACGACUCGCGACCCACGAUGGUACUCACGAGAAGGAGACUACAGUUAUCAUCUGCCGAAUCCCGGCGAUCCUGAUUAUAGAACCUACACAUACAACAAUCGCCGAUAUGGAUUCUACCAGCCCAACGGGUACGGUCAGUUGUAUCCCGGUCAAAAUCUUCCAGGACAGUAUCCCGAAAAUACAGGCCUUGGAGAGGAUCGGUUCAAGUUCGAUCCGAAAAACCCAAACAAUGUUCAGACACCGUUCCCCGGUGUACUCGGUGGCUGGCGGGAAGAUUUGCAAGGAAAACUUCGGCGGGACUCACUGCAACUGGACCGCGAUGUGUUCGUAACCACCAACUACGGCCAGGUACAGGGCUUCAAGGUUCACCUGUUCGAUGAUCCCAAUCCGAAAUCGUUCUACCGGCCGUGGCACAGUCCGGUGGACCGUAUUAUGGGGACGUGUUCGACGUUCCUGGGCAUCCCGUAUGCCCUACCGCCCACGUUCGAGGGUAGAUUUAAACCCCCGCGGCAGCACCGUGGCUGGCAGCUACUGCAAGCCGUAGACUAUGGCCCUGCCUGUCCCCAGCCCGUACAAUACACAGGUGCGACGAAAGGAAUUCGUGAUAUGGACGAGGACUGCCUGUAUCUGAACGUAUUUUCGCCUAAUACCCAAUCUGGCGUUGCUCAAAAAUACCCGGUAAUGAUUUACAUCCACGGAGGUGAAUUUGUGCGCGGGGCAUCCAACACCUUCCCGGGUCAGAUGCUGGCAGCAUUCUACGAAGUGGUAGUGGUAACAUUCAACUAUCGUCUCGGUGCACUCGGAUUCCUCUCGACCGGGGAUGAAAAUUCGCCCGGAAACUAUGGCAUUUUGGAUCAGAUCAUGGCUGUCCGGUGGGUUUAUGACAACAUAGAAGCAUUCAAUGGGGACCGAGAUUCAAUAACCCUGUUCGGACCGGGAGCCGGUGCCGCCUCUGCCGGUUUGCUAAUGGUUGCUCCCCAAACUAAGGACAUCGUUACUCGCGUUAUAGCGCAGUCCGGAUCGGCAGUUGCUGAUUGGGCAUUGAUUGUGGACAAAUAUCGAGCUCAAAAUACAAGCAGAGUUUUCGGUCAGAUGGUUGGUUGUUCGAUAGAAACCUCCUGGAAACUGGUGAAUUGCAUGCGCCAGGGAAGAAGCUUCUACGAACUUGGCAAUGCAGAAUUUGCUCCACAUGUUGGCUUGUUCCCCUGGGGUCCGGUGUUGGACCUUAACUUCACGUUUCCUGGUGAUGAGUGGUAUGAGGGUUGGAGAGAACGAGAUUGGCAUUUUCUGUCGGAAACGCCUGAGGAACUUAUUCGUAAGGGCCACUACAAUAGAGGACUUCAUUACAUGAGUGGUGUUACACUGCAAGAGGCCGCUUUUGUGAUAUCUCAGAACGAGUCGCUUGCACCAUACUUUGAGGUGGACGAGAAAUUCUUUAAGCAGAAAGUGUGGGAGUUGGUCUACAGGUACAACUACACGCUCAAUUUGAAUGGAACAUACGAAGCCAUCAAGUAUAUGUACACUUAUUGGCCAGAUCCGAAAAAUACGACAUUUAUCCGUGAACAAUAUAUCAACCUUCUCUCGGACUUCCUGUAUCGUGCUCCUGCAGACAAGAUGAAUAAACUUCUUGUGGAACGACGCGUUCCUGUGUAUAGCUACGUUACGAAUACCACUAUAGAAGGGCUAAAACUGCCAUACUGGCGAAAGGUUCCGCACGAUAUAGAACAUUAUCUCUUGACCGGAGCGCCCUUUAUGGAUGUUGAAUUUUUCCCGAAGAAAGCUCGCCUGGAUCGACUGAUGUGGACCGAUAACGAUCGAAACAUGAGUCACUUCUUUAUGAAAACUUACUCAGAUUUUGCACGUUACGGCAAUCCGACACCUCAACGUGUAUUGGGGCUUCACUUCGAGAAAGCAAUCAACGGAGAACUGCGGUAUUUAAAUCUGAAUACAACCUAUAAUUCAUCGAUCAUGAUUAAUUUUAGACAAACGGAGAGUGCAUUUUGGACUCAGUAUAUACCGGCAGUGGUGGGCGUUCUAGUUCCAACAUAUCCACCUUCAACGGAAUUCUGGUGGGAGCCAAAGGAACCAUUACAAAUCGCUUUCUGGAGUAUGUCCGCUGCGUGUAUGUUACUUAUAGUGAUUGUAGUGAUCUGUUGUAUAUUGUGGAGAAAUGCAAAGAGGCAAUCUGAUCGUUUUUACGACGAAGGAGUAUUCGUAGUGGACAACCCGGAAUCUGAGCGAGAUAUCGGUAUCGACAACAACGUACUGCAGUCGCAGCCCCUGCGCACUCGGGACAACAUUUACGAGUUUCGCGAUUCUCCAACAAAAUACAGCAAGCAGCCACCUACCGAUGCGACCUCCAUUCGAUCACCCAGCUCGUUAGGAAUGACUCACACUACGGGAAAAUCCGUCUCAGGCAGCCAAAGCUCGUUACGCAGUGCCAUUUCACUGAAGGAGUCUACAACCGUAAGCCCAACUCCGCGAUCCGAGUCCAACUUCGAUCGGAACAUAAAGUAUGCGGAGCGCGGAGUAGACACAGAAGUAAGCAAAAACGGCAAAUAUCCGCGGUCGGACUCGAAAACUGCACUGAGUGAUGGCAAAUCGAGGGAAUUUGCCACUAGUACGCCCGUAGAUGGCCUCUCCAGAUCUCAACAACCGACACCACAGCCGCAGCCGCAGCCACAACCGGCCAGCCGUGGAGGUCGCACCGCCGGCUAUGACCGCAGCAAUAAUGCAAGUCGCACGAAUUUAAUAGAAGGAAUUCCACAAACCGAAGUCUAAGCUUACUUUAAAUUGAAGAUAGAUUAGUUUAUUUUUAUUUUCAAAGCUAGUACCUAUAGUUAAAAUGUGUAACGAAUCUUGUUACGCAAUGCCACACAUCUCCAUCACAAUCAUAGGAUAAAAUCAACCUUGAUGACUCAUUGCAUAUAUGAAAGGUCGAUAAAAGCAUUACAGUAGUUAUCGCUAAGACAAUCGAAGCCGUACUAUAACACGAAAUAUCGAUAAAAUCUACAAUAGAUUGAAGAUCAGUGAGUAGGAACAAAGUGAGCACCAAGUGCCUGACACUUCGAGUAACUAUUAGGAACCACACAAACUAGUUUGUAACUCGGAUUAAUCAAAUAACUCGCAAACUGACGCAGCUUACAGGUUUGGAGUUAUACGCGUACUGAAUUCUAUGUUAAGAAUAUUUUAUGUUUACGUUUCUUUAUGUUGUGUGUACAUAUUUGUGCUGUGCAUGUCCACGUGUCAGUGUAUCCGUCCAAUUUCGUUUUAGUGUACCGUGUCAACGUGUUUUAUUUUAUAUUUUAAAGUUAGCAUUUUUCUACGUUUAGUUUUUUUUGUGUUUCUGCGCUUAUCUUUAGGUACUUACUACGUCCUUAUGUUCUAAUGCCCUGUAGCGAGAUGAGCCAAUCAAAGCAAAAUAUUUUAGGCCACACUGUGCAAAUAUUGAAUUACUCUUAUACAUAUACCUGGUUGCUAGUGUUGUACAUAGAUGUUGUCUUCCAAUUUGUCGCUGAGUAGAUAUUCGGCAUCGAUGUUUCAUGCACUCUAUUCCUGUCCGACUUAAUCGUUGAAACAGACAUUGUGUUCAAAGUUGUAUUAAUUUUUAACCUGUUUCAAUUUAUAGUAAAUGAUAGACUUAUCUUCAAUUUACAAUGGGUUUACAGAGCAGAAUUCAAUCGAAUUUUAGAUGCAGAUUACAUUUAUUAGCUUUACUUGGAGUUUAUCGUAAUUGAAUCAUUAUCGUUUAGAUUAUGUGUACAUAUAAUAAUGAAUCGGCAAAGAUUGAUUACCAUCUAAGUAUUAACGAUUUCGGUUUAGAUUGGCUGCACGAAUAUAAUGUUAAACACACAUUUGAAUGCAUUUUUAACAAUUAGAGUAUUAAAUUACACUGUAAG